AUGGCCAGUCCUGUGGAGGCAUCUUCAGGUGACCUGGUGGGGAAAGGGUUGGGUCCCCAUCGGAGAAAGAGGACCACUUUCAGUGUUGGGCAGUUGCUGGAGUUGGAACGGGUAUUUGCAGCUAGGCCGUAUCCUGACAUCCGCACCCGUGAGCAUCUGGCUCAGGUAACUCACCUUCCUGAAGCCAAGAUCCAGGUGUGGUUCCAGAACCGCCGAGCCAAGAGAAUCAAGGACAGAAAGCCAGGGGCCCUUAACACCAGGCUGGACCUUCCCCCGAACCCCUGUUCUCUUCCGGACACUCCCCAGCUACCUUGGGACCCUGGAACACCAAGCCAUCCUCUACACCUUACUAAUUCAGCUCAGCAGACUUCAGCAUGCCCAGCACAGAGCUCCUGCCUAGUCCCCACAUUGGGUCCAGGGCAGAGCUGGCCAGGGGCUAAAGCUGCAGCCCCACGGGGGACAAGCGGGGCUUCAGGGGUUCACUCUUCUUUAGAGCAAACUGUUCCUCAGACUUCCCUGGGCAAUCUGUCUGACCUGAUCUAUUCCUCAGCCAUCGUCACCAAUGUAGGCCACUCCUGA